AUGGCGGACAAGCUCAAACACAUCGCCUCGGCCGCAGAGCUAGACACAGUCAUGUCCAAUAACACAUACGUCGUCGUCGACUUCUAUGCCGACUGGUGCGGUCCAUGCAAGGCAAAUGCACCCAGCUACGCGACCCUUGCCAAACAGCACAGCAUUCCAGGAGUUCUCGCAUUCGCAAAAGUCAAUGUCGACCAUGCGCGAGAUGCCGCUGCCCGUUAUCGUGUUUCGGCCAUGCCAACAUUCAUGUUCUUCAAGGAGGGCAAACAGGUCGCGGUCAACGGCCAAGCCAUGAUACAAGGUGCAGAUCCUCGCAGCUUGUCUGCUGCCGCCGAAAAGCUUGGAGGCCUUGCCAACAAGAGAGCCGCGUCCGCCUAA